AUCAAUUCCUAUCAAAACAAAGCCGUUCCAAUUCAAUCAAAAAUGAAGAACAAUAGCCCUCUUGUCCCUCUAGCCUUCCUCCUCUUCCUGUCCAUCACCACCACUCCCUCCGCCGCCACAAACGGGCCAAGCGCCAUCUACGCCUUCGGCGACUCCAUUCUCGACGCCGGCAACAACAACCAUAUCCUCACCCUCUGCCGCGCCGAUCACGACCCCUACGGGUCCGACUUUCCCGGCCGAAGCCACACCGGAAGGUUCAGCAACGGCAAGAUCCCCGGAGACUUCCUCGUCGCCGCUUACGGCCUCAAGGACUUCUUGCCGGCCUACUCGGACGCCUCGGUCACCAACAAGGACCUAAUCACCGGUGUCAGCUUCGCAUCGUCGUGCUCGGGCUACAGCCAAAUGACCGCGCUGCAGCUGGGCGUCCACAACUUGGAUAGACAGUUCUGGCAUUUCGAAAUGGCGUUCGACCAAAUGCAGAAGGCAUAUGGCCUUCAAAAGGCAACACAAACAGUGGAGAAAGCACUCUUCUUGGUUGCAGCAGGCUCAACUGAUAUAAUCAAUGAUUUCUAUAUGCAGCCACUCACUAGGGCCAAGUACUCUUACCCUGCCUACAUUCAAAUGUUGCUCCUAAACAUGGAAAAUUUCGUUACGAAAUUGAGAAAAGCCGGUGCUAGGAAGAUAGCACUGGUUGGCGUUCCGCCGAUUGGGUGUAUGCCAGUAGAUGCCUUCACCAACAUCCCGCCAAUCAAGAACGAGAGUGGCGACCCUCUAAGGCGCGAGUGCAGAGAUGACCACAACUCUGACGCCCAACAAUACAACACUAAUCUCGCAACCCGAAUUAAGAAAAUGAUGGAAGCAAUGCCUGAUCUUAAGAUUGUCUAUGUGGACUACUACAACCCUAUGAUGAACAUGAUCAACAAGCCAUACCAAUAUGGGUUCAAGACUACACUAACCUCAUGUUGUGGAACUGGUGCAUUCGAGGUGGGGCCUCUUUGCAAUAUUGCCUCCCUCAUGUGUCAUGAUCACUCAGAGUAUGUAUUUUGGGAUUCAUCUAAUCCCACAGAAGCUGCUUACAAAGUUGUUGCAAAGAGUUUCAAAGACAGAGCGCUUAGUCAACUUUUUCCUGGAGUUAAGAAUUAAUUCAGGCUAGUUAGCUUGAUUCUAGUUUUAGUUAGUCUAUUAGUUUUAGUUAGUCUAUUCCAUGCAUUGCAAGAAUUUCAUUUUUAGUCAGUUUUUGGAUCAUUGUACUCAACCUUAGGUUGAAUUUCUAUUUAUUUAUCAAUU